AUAAACAGGCACACCCGUGUAUAGUAUGAAUAUGUUUACGCACGCAUAGUUCUAUCGACAGACGGAUUCGGUGUAACAUUAUUUGAAACAAAUGUUUUCAAUGGAAGUGAUGGAAUUGUCUCUGUUUUGAAAAAUUGACAUUGGUGUAACAUUUCUAAUCGAAUGAUUGCAGUUAUACUGUAUGUGGUGAUUAUUUUUGUGCUUCACAAAUCCAAUAAAAAUUAUUGCACAUGCUUCGGAACGAUAUUUUUUCCCACAAAAACAUAGCCGUGCCAGAGCCAGUUGAUCAACCUUUCAAUUUCGAAUUUUGCUGGAUGUGAAUCGGAUUCUCCACAAAUAGGUCAGGGAACGUGCCACUGCUCUGAAUAGCAAUAGUGAAAUGAAAUAUGUUACGGAUGUGAAUCGGAUUCUCCACAAAUAGGUCAGGGAACGUGCCACUGCUCUGAAUAGCAAUAGUGAAAUGAAAUAUGUUACGGUGAAUUUCAAUGAUCGGUUUUUCGCCGGCGAACGACCAAAAUUAGGUUGAAGCCGGGUAUAAAUAAACGAUAAAAAAAAUGAUCGGUUUUGAUUCAGUUAUAUAUUGGUGGUUUAAAAUUAUUAAGCUGCAUUAAAAUAUAUCGGUGCUUGAUUUGGCAAUUGAUUAGCUUAGUUAUUCCGUUUGUUUUCAUUUUCUUUUCAAUAUUCGGUUAUACAGUAUUCGAAUCGAACAAUUAGGAAGUUCAGAAGUUUUAAACACUAAGUAAUGUUGACUAUACCUUUUUACAAUGAAAACUUUGUAUACAAAUAAAAAAAUGACAUAAGUGAAAUCGAUUUGUUAAUAGUUGGACGAAAAAAUAGUGUUCUGAUAUAACUGUAAAUAUGUUGAUCAGGUGGAAGAGUAAGGAAAAGUCUUCCACUUCAUCCCUAUCUGCCAAUACAAAGAAAAAAAGGAAGGGGCGCGAUGUAGCUGAAGACAGGCGACGCAUUGUAAGGAGUCGAGAAGAUCCAAGGCGACAUACGUUAGGUGGUGAUAUGCUACAUAUCCAAGGACGGAGUGAAUUAUCCGCCCUUCAACAAUCCCUGAAUUUAGAGACAACUGGCAUGAGAGCAUACACACCAGUUAAUCAAGGACCACUUUUUGAUGAUGAUCCUGGAAUUAUGUCAGAAGCUGAAACAGCCAGCACAGGUUUUAGAAGAGGAGGAAAACAAAGGUCUUCAUUACCAGUUGUAAGGACUCCGUCGAAAACUCUAGAAAGGCCUUUGGGUUUGGUUUUUCUGCAAUAUAGGUCUGAAACAAAAAGAGCACUUUUGCCUAACGAAAUAACUUCCAUUGACACUGUCCGCGCAUUGUUUGUAAGAUCAUUUCCCAGACAGUUAACUAUGCAAUAUUUAGAAGGUCCUAAUGUUAAAAUAUACAUACACGAUUCAAGUAAAGACAUGUUUUAUGAGUUGGAAGAUGUUCGUUUAUAUUUGCGCGAAAUUCGCGAUAGAUCGGUCCUACGUCUAUUUGAGUCAAACGAAGUGACCACACCACAAUCUUUGACAUUACCAGGAAUUUAUCAAACUUCUUCUAUAAUGAAUGCCACGGGAUUGUGGGAUUCUGAACAGAGUUACUUCAGUGAACCAGAGUUCGAUUCAGAAUAUCAACAUCAGCAUAUUCAUAAGAGUAAGCCCGGAAAAAUUUCGUACUACACAGGAGUGCAAACUUUACCUCGUGGAAUAUAUUCUGAUGGAACUAAAACUGCUUCUGCUUUUUCUGCUAAAUCAAUUCGGUCAUGUGGAUCGAAGGUCACAACAACAACACCGAUGUUUACUUAUCCAUCGGACCAGCUGUACAGCAUGCCAGAUGGAUAUAUGAGCUCUCCUGAACGAGGAUGUACUAACAGAUCAUAUGAAGAACCAUAUUACAGUCAAUAUGGUUCUCGAGGAAAUCCUGCUCCGUCAAUUAUGGAUGAAGAACGCGGAAAAGAUACUAUGUUAACUGAUGAUCAGUAUGCGAUAUAUGGUGUGGAAAGCACGGAGAGGAUGUCACAUGGCGGCAAUCAAACUUACGAUCCAAACAGGUCGGAAGAUUUGCAUCGAUUUCGGGUUGAGCAUAUGGAAAGGCAGCUAGCCAAUCUCACAGGCCUCGUGCAGAAAGCGUUAACACAGAAACCUCAACAUCAAAUCAACAACAACAAUCAAUACCGUUCAGAUAAAACCGUUUCGUUUGAGAAAUCCGUUUCAUUUAGUGACGAAGUCGAAGGAACUCCAAAGCCAUUCAAUCCCCAACAUUUUGCUGAUUCGAAACCAUCCAAGCCUGCAAUUAAGUCUUCAACAUUACCCCGAACUUCAUCACAAGAACGAGAUCGACUAAAGCCCUUAACACAAACGAAACCGAUAAUCUUACCUAUGAAUCAAUAUAACGCUGAUUUGUCACUGGCCCCCGAAGUUUAUAACAAUCUACGUAAUCUACAAAAAAAAGCCAAGGAUUUAAGAACCGAUGUUAGGACUAUGCGAAGAUUAACACAAACACAAGCAGUUGCAAUUAAAGAAGACAUUAAGGAUACAUUUAUGAGAAUUCGUGCUACUUUACUGGUUUGCAAUGGUGGUUAUCUAGGUGACGAUGAACGGGCUAAAACUACACGAGAUGAAGAAAUAUAUAAACAAGAAGUCAUACAUUUGGAAACAGACUUGAGUGAUUUGGAGUCAUCUGUAGAAGGACUCCGAGGAGAAGUCAUCAAUCGUCGAUCUCGGGUCAACAUGACCGCUGUUGAAGAUAUGGCACUUAUAUUGAGCAGAGCUAGCAAAACUGUCGCCGAGUUGAAGCUUAAAUUUCCAAGGUUGCAACAAGAACUACGUAAAAUUUUAUCUUCAGACAUGGACAGAUUGUGCCGAGAAGAAAAUUUUAUCAAAGAAGAACCAGAAAGAUUAGAGUCGGCUUUGAGAAGAUGCAAAAAACUGACUGGAACUUUAGUCACGUUGAAAAGGCUUGCAAGUGUACAGGAACAACGAUUACCAGUUCCAGAAUCCUCUUUAUCCGACGAGUCAGAAAGAAUACCAGAAGAACUGUCGAAUACCAGUAAGCCAGUUCCGUACCCAAGAAUAGGAGCCGUAUCAUUCAAUGGAGGACUGCCUCCAGAAAAUGCUCUCGAUGCACUGUUAGAUGAGUUACAAACAUUCGCUAAGCCACCCAACGGUAUAAACGAGGGUCGGCCGGACGAUUCCGCCUCGGAUGAUAGUUCUCAGGCUAUGCAGAGCACUGUAACUACAAAAAUAUCUCAAUCUCAGCUUUAUCCGGAUGCUACUUCGACGAAUAUAGGCCUACGACGUUUACAUUCGUAUCCUAGUGGUUCAGAUACUGACACCAGUCCUCCACAGCCAGUUCGUCCAAUUGGCAAGCCUCCUGUUCCCGAAAGAAACGCCGAUCUUUUAUCCAAAGUUAAUAAUAAACGAGUCCCUCCACCUCCACCUCCUCGAACAAGCUCUCGAAGCCCACUGGCCAGUCCUACCAGUCCAAACAUUCCUCAUCAGAUGCCGCAGGUAUUGAAUAUUGAACAGCAAAGUGUAAUCAGCUCCGAAAAUCUAAUCAAGGAUUCCGGGAUGGAUUCUAGUAGCGAAUCUGUAACUUCAGAUAAUUCUCAGCGCCAACAAGCACUGGAAUCACGCCACCAAGAAUUACUAAAGAAACAAAAGCAAUUGCAGGAACAAUAUCAACGCUUACAACAAAUGAGUAAAAACAAUGUUUCCAUAGCAGCUUCCGAUUUGAAGGAUGAUAGAAGAAACAAUCGAGACUCAAACACUCAUUCAAAAAUUACAUCAAGUUUUAGUAAUUUAAUGAAUAAACUUGUUGAUGAAAAUAGCUCUGAUGGCUUGACAAAUUUUUUACCAGGUUCUGUCAAAAAUGAUAAAAGUGGAGAACUCAGUACAGGAAUUGGUCUCCUAAAUAACUUCACCAAAACAACCAACAAAGUGUAUGAAACAGAUAUACUAUAACAUCAGGAAAAAUAGUGAGUGACUGCAGUUGAUUUUUGAUUUACUAUUUCAUGACCACUACGGAAUAUUUAAGACAAUUUAAGAUCAAAUCACGAUUUAUAGUAUAUUGAAGUUUUUAUACGUUUUGUAAAUUUUAAUCUGAGUGUGAUGAACCAUACUGAUAACUAUCAAGAAACAUUGUGUUAUAGUUUUAACAGUAGAUUUAUGCAAAAAUAAACGUUUGGUCAAA